AUGAAGUGGCUUCCCAUCGUUUCCGCGCUCGUCGCGCCUUCUCAGGCCGCCCUCCGAUUUGGAUGCUCGACCCUCACGAUCCAGCGUCUCGAUCCCCUCGUCGAGCCGGGCGCGGUCCCCUCGGCCCAUCUUCACCAGAUCGUGGGUGGAAAUGCCUUCAACGCCACCAUGGAGGGUGAUGUUGGUGAGAGGGGAACCUGCACGACUUGCACGUUCUCCGAGGACUUCUCCAACUACUGGACUGCCGUCAUGUUCUUCAAGCACCCCAACGGCACCUACCAGCGCGUCCCCAUCAUGCAGAACACUGCCUUGCCUAAUGGUAUCAACGGCGGUAUGACCGUGUACUACACGCAGCAGGACUUCUCUUCCAACGGAAACCAGAAGAUCACUGCUUUCCCUCCUGGCUUCCGCAUGGUCGUCGGCAACCCCGGUGUCAAGACGUUGGCCGAGCAGCAAGCCAACCAGGGCGCCCCUGGCCUCCGCUUCGUCUGCCUUCAGAACAAGGGAACCCGCUUCCCCGAACUCACCAACUUCCCCGAGAGGCCUUGUGUUGGUGGUAUCAUGACCGUCCACCACUUCCCUGCCUGCUGGGAUGGUAAGAACGUCGACAGCGCGGACCACAAGUCCCACAUGUACGAUACCCAGAGGGGAACUUUCGUCAACGCUGGUCCCUGCCCUGCCUCGCACCCCGUCCGCGUUCCUCAGGUCGCCUACGAGACGCUUUGGGAUACCACCCAAUUCAACGGCCUCUGGCCCGAGGGAAGCCCUAACCCCUUCACCCUCAGCUACGGCGAUGACGCCGGCUACGGAACCCACGCCGAUUAUCUCUUCGGCUGGAAGGGUGAUUCGCUCCAGCGCGCCAUGGACUCGAACUGCAUGUUCAACGCUUGCGAGAAUGGCCGUCCUCUCCUCUCGCAGGGCGUCAACGAUAUGAACAAGUGCAGCGUCGCCCAGCUUGUCAACGAGAACAUCGAUGGCUGGCUCACCGAGAUGCCCGGUCAGGGUAUGAUAAUGAACAAGAACAAAUAG